AAAAAAAGAGAGGAAAGGAACGAACGGUGUUGAUAAACCUUGUUCUCUCAUCCCAGUCGUCUCCUAUCUCCUAUCCUCUCCAGCGUCCGAUCCCUUCUCUUUCUCCUUCAAUCCCAGACAUCUCCUUCACUCGCGCCCAUUUACAAAUUCCCCGCUUCACAGGGUUUAUUUGUCGGCGAGGAUGGCAGCGGCGGACCAACCAACGAGUCCUGGCGGGGGGAGCCACGAGAGCGGCGGCGACCAGAGCCCGCGAUCUAAUUCUAACGUGCGGGAGCAGGACAGGUAUCUUCCGAUCGCGAAUAUAAGCAGGAUCAUGAAGAAGGCGCUCCCUGCCAACGGCAAGAUCGCGAAAGACGCCAAGGAGACCGUACAGGAAUGUGUCUCCGAGUUCAUCAGCUUCAUCACCAGCGAGGCAAGUGAUAAGUGCCAGAGAGAGAAGAGGAAGACCGUUAAUGGUGAUGAUUUGCUCUGGGCGAUGGCCACAUUAGGGUUUGAGGAUUAUAUCGAACCCCUAAAGAUUUACCUCGGUCGAUACAGAGAGAUGGAGGGUGACACCAAGGGGUCUGCAAAGGGUGGAGAUGCAUCUGGUAAGAAGGAUGUUCAACCAAGUCCAAAUUCCCAGAUUUCUCAUCAAGGGUCUUUCACACAAGGUGUUAGCUAUGCGAACUCUCAAUCACAGGCACAGCAUAUGAUGGUUCCAAUGCAAGGCACCGAGUAGGGAUACACUCCACUUCACUUCGACCUCUUAAUUCGGAUAUCCCAUUUCUGAUCUGGUUUGGUGCCAACAAAAAUAUUGUGUGCAAAGAUUGAUCUGAUUUGAGCACUGCUGUUUUCAAUGGUUGUGCCCUUGUUGAAUCCUGGGUUAAUUAGUUUAUGGCAUGGUUGUAUAUUAAGGCGUUUUUCAGAUUAGAAGAGACUGCCAUAGGGGCAUUAAAUUAUAAGUCCUGGGAGAAUUCAGAAUUGUUUCUUAUGAUUUGUAGAGCGCAGAAAUGAUGAAUUUCUGUUAUUGAGUCAUCAGAAAACUAUUUAUGCUCUAACUGGUGCCAGUGUUCUUUUCUCCCCUUUUUUCCUGAUGAAUAUCCUGUACACCAUACAGGCGGAUGCUAGUU